AGGCGAGCGCCGCCAUCUCUUGCGCACGCAUUUACACGCGCCCCAAGACAGGAAAGUGCCUGUUUUCGGAGAAGCAGGAAGCUGCACCGGCUUGGGCGUCCUAGCAACUUCAUUCUCUCUCGAGAAACGCCUUCCGAACCCACCCCUUUCCUCGUAGCCGAGUUGCUCCUUGCUGCUCAGGUGCCUGGAUUGUUACACACGGGUGGAAAAGGCCUCGACUUGAUCCAAUGGCGGUUCAGCCCCCAGUGGCUUUGCCCAGCAGGGCUGAGCUCAUAGAAGAAUAUGACAUCAUUACCGAAGAGGACAUUGAAGAGAUUAAAGAUGCUCUCGAAGGAGGGAGAAUGGCAGAUGCUGCCUCCAAGAUCAUGGAAAACUUGCAGGCCUUGGAAAACGCUUGUCUUGAUAUCGCAGUAACAGGAGAGUCUGGCUCCGGGAAGUCCUCUUUUGUUAACGCCAUCCGAGGCCUAGGAGAUGAAGAUAAUGGAUCUGCCGCCACCGGGGUGGUGGAGACGACUGUAAAGCCAACUCCUUACCCACACCCCAAGCAUCCCAACGUGACGGUUUGGGACUUGCCAGGAAUCGGUACGCCCGACUUCCAGUCUGACACUUACCUGGAACAGGUGAACUUCUCCCGCUAUGACUUCUUUAUUCUCAUCGCCUCAGAACGCUUCAAAACCAACCAUGCCCGUCUGGCCCAAGAGAUCCAGAAGCAGGGCAAACGCUUCUAUUUUGUACGUUCCAAAGUAGACGCAGACUUGGAGGCCACCAAGAAGCGUCGGCCACACGCCUACAAUGAGGAGGACAUAUUGCGGCAGAUCCGUGAGAACUGCAAAGCGUGCCUGGAGGCUGAAAAUGUGGUAUCGCCCCGUAUUUUUCUCCUUUCCAACUGGGAGCUGAGCAAGUACGACUUUGUGCGGCUGGAGGAGACCUUGGAGCAAGAGCUUCCGAGCCACAAGAGACACGCCUUCCUCCUUGCCCUGCCCAACAUCUCUUUAGGAAUCUUACACAAAAAGAGAGAGGCCUUACAGAAGCAGAUCUGGAAGCUUGCUACCGUCUCGUGUGGUGUGGCAGCUGUGCCCAUCCCGGGUCUCGCUGUGGUGUGUGACGUGACUAUCCUGGUCAAGGCCCUUUCAGAGUACCGCAGGAGUUUUGGCCUGGAUGGUGACUCCCUGGAGAAGUUGGCAGAGAAGGUGGGCAAGCCUGUGGAGGAGAUCAAAGAGGUGAUUAAGUCCCCCUUGGCCAGGGAGAUCUCCAAGGAUGUGGUGUUGAAGAUGCUGACCAAGGCUGGAGGCGGAGCAUUGAUGAUGGCUGAGUAUCUUGCUAGUGCAGUGCCCAUAUUUGGUUCUUUGGCCGCUGGGGGGAUCUCCUUUGGAACAACCUACUACAUGCUCUGGAGUUCCCUCAACGAAGUAGCAGACGAUGCUCACAAUGUUCUCAUCAAGGCCUUUGAGUCUGACGUUUGAAAAGAUUCUUGGGAUGUUGUAUGGAAGAUCUGGGACACAUCCUCUCUAAAUAGAACUCUGGUCAAACGAAUGGAGCUUUUUCUUUCUUUGCUAACUGAAUUCCUGUCUCGUCUUCUGGUGUAAGCGGGAAGGGGUACAAGACUACGAAUGCUUGACGAUCACAGCACUGGGGUUUGGUCUUCUGAAUUUCUGCUUCUUUUGCCGAGUUUAGUUCUUGUGGAUUCCAUCCCCGGGGUCCUGAAAAUGAAGUGGUGUGGUGGCUAACAAACCUCUAAAAUUUUUCACCGGCGCUUCUGCAAAUUAGCCCAUUUCCAAGACUCUGUGAGCUUACACCUGUAUGAAAUUCCUUUUAUUUGUUUGUUCUUUCUAUUUCUAUUCCAGUUGCCUCUGCUAUUGUUGCAUAGAGGUGCUCGAAACUCGGUGCUUCCCGGAUUUAGCACUUAGAAGUCUUGGUUUUGGUCCAGAGAUCUCCUUGCAAUGGCCUAAUCCAUUGACAAGGCAGAACAUCACUUUUUAGUACGAUUUCUCUAGUGAUUUUUAAUUAAAAUAGAGUUUGUUAGAUAACCUAACUUAUGGUGCUGAACUUUUGCAGAAAAUUCAAUUGGUUUGAUUAGUUCUUGUGGAUUCCAUCCCAGGGAUCUUGGAAAAAGGAAAUAGUGUAAGUGGCUAAUGAACCUCUAAAACUUCUCACUGGUAUUUGCAAAUUUGCCCAUUUCCAAAGCUCUUUGAGCUUACACCAGUGUGAAGUUUCUUUAUUUGUUUUUUCCUUUACAGUUUAUUAGAUAAUCUAGUUUAUGGUGCGGAAAUUUUGCAGAAGACUCCACUGGUUUGAUUUCGUGGGAGCGGCAUUUACUUAUACAGGACUGUAUUAGAGGACUUAAUUUGUGACCAGUUGGGCUAGAAAUUAAUUCUUCUCAGGCCCUGAAUUUUCAGUCCACCAUUUUGAGCCACUUGAACCUUAAGGCCUUCUCCCUCGCACGUCAUUCUGUGAGAAGGCCUUGAGCAUACUGAUAGGUUGACCUGGCAGAAUGAUACUCUCCCCCCCCCCCUCCUCCCGGAAACUAAAUCUUCUGGCUUCUAUGAAGGGAAAAGUUAAUGCCAAAACCUGUUUCCAUCCUGUCUUCUUUCUAGUUCUUGGGAACUUUUUAAAAAGAUACUCUAUUUUUUAAUGGGAAAAAUUAAAAGACUGUGAAAAUCAUUUUCGAGAUGAAGGGCCUUUGCUUUCACAAAUCAGUUUGCCAAGUCGCAGGUAGAUCUCCAAAAGUCCUUAAAUAAAGCAUUCCUUGAUAGGUGGUUGCAGGGGGGUUUUUGUAGCGGGAACUCUUUUGCAUAUUAGGCCGCACCCCCCUGAUGUAGGCAGUCAUCCUGCAGCUUAGAGUAGGCCCUGUACUAAGAGCCCUGUAAGCUCUUGGAGGAUUGGCUACAUCAGGGGGUGUGUGGCCUAAUAGGCAAAGGAGUUCCUGCUACAGAAAAACUCCUGGGUGGUUUUAAGAUCAAGGUUGGCCAUUAAUCACGCACUAGAAAUUCUAGCUGAUUUUUUGGGGUCAUUGAAAAUCUACUGACGCUGCCCUUGACCCAGCAAUUCCAGCAGUGGACCAGGCGAUCUGCUUUAUUGAGAUCCGGAACUCGUUUUGUGUUUUGACUGGAAAGGUUGUUCGCCCUCAACUUUUUAAAAAAACUUAAAUUCACAUAAAAUUUGUUUCUGUA